AUGAUUGGUAUGCGGAUGAACGCCUUUAACGAUACAGGCCUUGGUGAACCAGAACAAGAUGCAAAUACUGCACUUAUAGAAUUAGAUAAAGGUUUACGUUCAACAAAGAUUGGUGAACAAUGUGAAGCAAUAGUACGAUUUCCUCGAUUGUUUGAGAAAUAUCCUUUUCCUAUAUUGAUAAAUUCUUCUCUUUUGAAGUUAGCAGAAGUUUUUCGUACAGGCAGUAAUUUUUUACGUGUUUGGGUUCUUAGAGUAUGCCAACAAAGUGAAAAACAUUUAGAUAAAAUCCUAAAUGUUGAUGAAUUUGUAAGGCGUAUUUAUAGUGUAAUACAUUCUAAUGAUCCAGUUGCUAGAGCUCUGACUCUACGUACAUUGGGCAGUGUGGCUGGUAUUAUACCAGAAAGGCAACAGGUUCAUCAUAGUAUACGAAGAUCAUUAGAUUCCCAUGAUUCAGUUGAAGUUGAAGCUGCAAUAUAUGCUGCACAAAUGUUUGCAGCACAAUCAAAAUUAUUUGCUGUUUCCAUGUGUAGCAAAAUAUCUGAUAUGAUCAGAGGUCAAGCAACACCAGCCUCAAUGAAGUUACAACUGAUACCUAUUUUACAAUACAUGCAUCAUGAUACUUUCACAGCUUCAAUGGUAAAUGAAUUAUGCACGGAACUUCUUGCUAGUUAUCCAGCAGUUGAAUUUGUCAGAGUUACAUUAAGUGCCUUAAGUACAUUAGCUUCAGCAACAUUGAUUGAUAUUCCACAACAAGUUGCACUUUUAUUACGUUAUCUGCAAGAUGAUCCAAGAUUGACUAUCAAACGCCAUGCUCUACAUCUAUUACAUUCAUUAGCUAGAAGAGGAGCACAUUUAUGGCCCCAAGGUUCUCUCAAUAAUCUAAUAGAGAGUACUACUACACUUCUACAAGAUGGUGCUGGAAAUAAAGAUCUUCUUAUUCGAACCUUAGACGUGAUAGAGGUACUUAGUCAAAGUGCAGUGACAUGUGAUGCAAAUAGGGAAGAAGGAAAUCCCCUUUUAUCGUUAUGUAUAAAUGCUUGUUAUUCACCGGAUCCUUUUAUUGCAGUAAAAGCAAUUACUAUUUUAGCAAGAGUUGCAUGUUAUUGCUAUGAAGAAGGUUUACCAGCCUAUGGCAUACAGGAUGUUGUAUCUUGUCUUGAAUCUUUAAUUGUAUUGCUAGCUUUGGAUGAUAAAUAUUUACGUCAAUUAAGAGUUUGUUUACGUUCGACAGUAAAAUUAUGUUGCGCACAACCUAGCCACUGUUCAGUAUUUGUUGAUGCUAUUGGUAGUACACUUUUUAAUGCUUAUACAGAAGGUGGUCAAAGUGAAAAACAAGCUGUUGCUUUAUGUGAAGCCUUAGGUGCUAUUGGGAGUUUAGGAGAAAAUACAUUACUUCCACUUUUACCAGAUAUAUUAACGAAACUUAAACAAACUGUACAUGUGCAUACAAAGGUAAUGCUAUGUACGCUACUUUUUCAAAUGGUAGCCGGAGGAUAUGAAUGGAAUGCGGAAUGUUUGGAUGUAGUAGAUGAAGUUAUUAAAAAUGUAGAUGGUUGGACUAAAUAUCGAAUUGCACGCAGCGCUGCAAGAUAUGGUCAUCAUACAAUAGCAACUCAAAUAUUUAGGAGCUUAAAGGAAACAGUUGCAUCUGAACAACUACACUUUUGGUUAUCUGGUUUGGAAUUAGUUACAAAAGCUGAAAGUUAUCUUAUGGAAAACGCAGAAGAAACAGAGGACAAAGCAAGAGUUCAUACAGUGGAGAAGUUAAACGGAGCUAUUGCACGUUAUGCAAGUGCAUGCGCGUCAUUAAAAGCGGCUAGUACACCUUUACGAAGUUUACAGUUUGCUAGUGAAUACUCGAAACUACGUUGUGAAUUUCUUCAAGCUAUUGUACAACUUUUACACUCGUGCAGAUCUCUUUGUACAGCUCCACCUCCUGCUAUUACAUGUACAGUAGUUCUCACAACGAAAGAUGAUCUUCAACGUUAUGGACGCGUUACUAAUCAGCUAAGAAAAUCAGCUCAGGAACUUAAAAAUUGCGCGGAAAACUAUCAAAAACUUUAUCAGUCAGCUUUUGACGCUGACCCUGGUUCAUUGAUAAACAUACGAGCGUUGCAAGAAAUCUGUCGUUUGUUAGCGAACAGCGUCGAACGAGUUUGCGGCGGGGGGGGAAAGUCAGGAAUCCAAACGUAUCAUCAAAGCGAAGUCAAUUUUAAUUUCGGUGAUACCGUAGAAAUACGUCAGCUGGCUCGUUGUUGCACAGAAUUACGUCGUUUGGCGCCAACCUAUAUAGGUGAAAAUAAAGCAGUGGCGCUUAGCCAUUCAAGAAUAAACUGCUUAGUCUCGCAGGUGAUGUUAUUAGCUGGAACAAAAAUGAGAUUACCAAUACCUCGAUAUUACUUCCAAGCUUUACAAGCAACUAGUGUCAAGCUAUCCGUUUCACCGCAACCCCGUGUCCUUGGUGAACCAGUAUCUGUUCCUCAGGGAAGUCAAUUAGCAUUGAAAGUCGAAGGAGUAUUACGACAUGGUCGACGAGCUUCUCUUUAUCGUUCUGUCGCUGCUGUUUGCAUUUCUAUCUCUACCACACCUCCGUCGAAGAUUAAUUCCGAUCAAAAGGAUUCUAACGCCAACGAAUUACAGCAAACCGUCACGCCGCACCGUGAUUUCUUUGCCUGUGAAUUUUUACUUUCACUAGGAAGUCCAAGUACGAGUGCAACGUCGUGUGCAAGUACUAGCAGUAACGUGAACAACAACAUGAACACCGGUGGUGGACAGUAUCAAGUCACAGCAAACGCGAGUAUACUCGACAAGGAUGGGAACGUAUGGAAAUGUGGACCGCGUUCCACGCUUCAAGUCAGAGUACACGAAGAGCCAGCCAAAAGAAAGUUACCAUAA